AUGUUGUCAGCUGUAACCCCGCUUACCUCCAUCCGAUACUCUCGGGACUUCCGACCCAAGCUAAUCAUUUACCCGCAGAAUGCCUGGUACGACUGGGGCCGCUGGGUUGCUCUUGCCAUCAUCAUCAUAGGAUUCGUUCUUCUCUUCUUCAUCUUCAGUUGUAUUUCUGCACGACGCCGCCGCAGACGUGGCGCACAACCAUUCUACGGCACCGGCUGGGUGGGCCGCACGCCCUUUGGCCAUGGUGCAGCGCAGUACAACCCGCAAUACGCACAACAGGAACAACCAUAUGGCGGCUAUCAGCAAGGCGGGUACUAUGGGCAGCAACAGCAAGCGCCACCAACGUAUCAGCAAAGCCAUGACCCAAACAGGGGAUAUUACGGUCAGCCAGGGACUCCCAGUACCGGCGUGUAUGAGAUGCAGCCGCCGACCAGGGCUUAUCAGGGCACCUCGCCAGAGGUUUCGGGAGCGAAGCACUAA